AUGAUCCGCGCCUUCCUUGUCUUGGCCCUCGCCACCGUCGCCGUCUUCUCGGCCCCAAUCCCAGAGGUUCCAGAGAACUUUGACGACAUUCCAUCCGAGUACAAGGGACUUAUCCCAGCUGAAGUCGCUGAACACCUCAAGGCCAUCACCGCUGAGGAGAAGGCUGCUCUCAAGGAACUCGCCCAAAACUACAAGGAAUACAAGACCGAGGAGGAAUUCAAGGCCGCUCUCAAGGAGAAGUCCCCAUCGCUCUACGAGAAGGCUGGAAAGCUCGAGACUCUUUUGACUGCCAAGUUCGACAAGUUGGACGCCUCCGCUCAAGCUUUGGUUAAGAAGAUCAUCGCCAAGGGACGUGAACUCCAUCAACAAUACCUUGCUGGAGAUAAGCCAGGACUUGACGAGUUGAAGGAAUUGGCCAAGGGAUACAUUGCUGAGUACAAGGCUCUUUCUGAUGACGCCAAGGCCACCAUCACCGCCGAGUUCCCAAUUCUCACCGGAUUCUUCCAAAACGAGAAGGUUCAAGCCAUCGUCGGACAAUACGUCAACUAA